UGGGCAUAGAAUAGGCGUGGCCAAAGAAGAGUCCAUAAGAGAGGAAGCGAAAAUCACACUAUAAUCUCACAACAAAGGGAUCGAAAAGAAGAAACCCACCCAACAACGACAAUUGAACAAUCAGAAUCACUUCCAAUUCAUCGGUCUCCGCCAGAUCCCACCGCCAACGCCUCCAGGCAACCAUGAGAGGAAUUCUUUCUCUGAAGAGGGCAGCUUUGGCUUCCCGUCAUAGCGAGAAGUUGGGUGUCAGUUUCAGAUUGCUUAGCACUCAGGCUGCAUCAAAUGCUAGCACACCACAGCCUCCUCCACCACCUCCACCUCCAGAGAAAACCCAUUUUGGUGGACUCAAGGAUGAGGACAGGAUUUUUACCAACUUAUAUGGGUUGCACGAUCCUUUUCUUAAAGGUGCUAUGAAGCGGGGUGACUGGUAUCGCACCAAAGACCUGGUACUUAAGGGCACUGAUUGGAUUGUGAAUGAAAUGAAGAAGUCUGGCCUCCGUGGACGUGGUGGUGCUGGUUUUCCUUCUGGACUAAAAUGGUCAUUCAUGCCAAAAACAUCUGAUGGACGCCCUUCCUAUCUUGUUGUCAAUGCUGAUGAAAGUGAACCUGGGACUUGCAAAGACAGGGAAAUUAUGAGGCACGACCCACAUAAGUUGCUAGAGGGUUGCUUGAUUGCUGGAGUGGGAAUGAGGGCUAGUGCUGCUUACAUUUAUAUUCGGGGUGAAUAUGUGAAUGAACGUAUAAAUCUUGAAAAGGCUAGGAAAGAGGCUUAUGCAGCUGGUUUGUUGGGUAAGAAUGCUUGCGGCUCAGGCUAUGACUUUGAUGUUCAUAUACACUAUGGCGCUGGUGCUUAUAUUUGUGGUGAGGAAACUGCCCUCUUGGAGAGCCUUGAAGGAAAACAAGGUAAACCAAGAUUGAAGCCGCCUUUCCCAGCCAAUGCAGGAUUGUAUGGCUGUCCCACAACCGUGACAAAUGUGGAAACUGUGGCUGUUUCUCCAACCAUCCUUAGGCGUGGGCCAGAAUGGUUUGCCAGUUUUGGUAGGAAGAACAACUCCGGGACGAAAUUGUUUUGUGUGUCUGGACAUGUGAACAAACCUUGCACUGUUGAAGAAGAAAUGAGUAUACCACUGAAGGAGUUAAUAGAGAGACACUGUGGAGGUGUUAGAGGAGGAUGGGAUAAUUUACUUGCAGUAAUUCCUGGAGGAUCAUCUGUUCCCUUGAUUCCAAAGAAUAUCUGUGAUGAUGUGUUGAUGGAUUACGAUGCAUUGAAGGCUGUCCAGACUGGAUUGGGAACUGCCGCUGUGAUUGUGAUGGAUAAAUCAACUGAUGUUGUGGAUGCCAUUGCGAGGCUUUCUUACUUCUACAAGCAUGAGAGCUGUGGGCAGUGUACACCAUGCAGGGAGGGAACAGGAUGGCUUUGGAUGAUCAUGGAAAGAAUGAAAGUUGGGAAUGCAAAGCUAGAAGAAAUUGAUAUGCUUCAGGAGGUGACUAAGCAAAUUGAAGGACACACCAUCUGUGCAUUGGGUGAUGCCGCUGCAUGGCCAGUGCAGGGUCUUAUCAGGCAUUUUAGGCCAGAACUUGAGAAGAGGAUUAGGGAGCGAGCAGAAAGGGAGUUGCUGCAAGCUACUGGUUAGGCAUAUGUUAAGGUAAACAAUGCUGGUAGAUAGCAAAAAUUGAAAUAAGGCUGUGCGUUUUGAUUCGGAAAUAUAGAGCAGCUCAAGUCCUCUGGUUUCAUCAACUUUCGUUUACUUUAAUGCUGUGGCAGACUUGUUCUUGUGCCAGAAAAGAAAAAUGUCUGAGCAAGUAUAAAAUUUGUUUCCUGAACUUGUGUUGUCAUUUGGCACAUUUUUAUGUAAUUUUUUUCAAAUAAUAUAUAUACACUGUUGUUGACUUUGUUAAGCA